UCCUUGAAUAAAUAGAAAAUAUCGUUUUGACUCAUAGAAACACGACUGGCUGCGACAAAAACUCAGAUAAACAAAAGUUUAUCCAUCGAGAUCAUUGAUUGCAGAAACAAUCAUCAAAAUCAAAUCUCAAUCCAAUCCAAUCCAGGGUUGUUUUAUCUUCUUCACAAAUGACGACUUCUGUUUGCCCUUUCUCGAAAGCUGCUCGUCCCGACGAUGCCUCUGCUCGAAAACAAGGCGAAGUCACGGCUUCUGGCUGUCCUUUCUCCAAAGCUGCUCGUCCUGACGAUGCCUCUGCUCGAAAACAAGGCGAAGUCACGGCUUCUGGCUGCCCUUUCUCCAAAGCUGCUCGUCCCAACGAAGGCGACGAAAUGGCGAGUAAAGAAUCACCCAAACUCGAAAGCAGGGACUCUACUGCUUCUGCAACGGUGCCUGCCAAGUGCCCUUUUGGUUAUGACUCCCAAACAUUCAAGCUUGGGCCUUUUAGCUGUAUGCUAUGUCAAGCACUUCUAUAUGAGAGCAGUAGAUGUGUGCCUUGUACUCAUGUGUUCUGCAAAGUGUGUUUAUCACGGUUUAAGGACUGCCCUCUAUGUGGUGCUGAUAUCGAAAGUAUUCAACCUGAUGAAAACCUUCAAAAGAUGGUUGAUCAAUUUAUUGAAGGCCAUGCUAGAAUCAAGCGAUCUGGAGUCAAUAGCGCUGAAACAGAAGAGGUCAAAAACGAUACGAAAAAAGUUAUUUACGCUGAUGUUUCCAUGGAAAGAGGUUCUUUCUUGGUGCAACAAGCUAUGAGGGCAUUUCAAGCCCAGAAUUAUGAAAGUGCUAAAUCAAGGUUGGCUAUGUGUACCGAGGACAUUCGAGAUCAAUUAGGGAGGGAGGGCAAUACACCAGAGUUAUGUUCACAGCUUGGUGCAGUCCUUGGUAUGCUCGGCGACUGCAGCCGAGCGAUGGGAGACUCAAGUUCUGCAGUCAAUCAUUUCGAAGAGAGUAUUGAAUUCCUUAUGAAACUGCCGAUGGAUGAUUUGGAGAUUACACAUACACUCUCUGUCUCGCUCAAUAAAAUAGGAGAUCUUAAAUAUUAUGACGAAGACCUACAAGCUGCAAGGUCGUAUUACUGUCGUGCUUUAAAUGUUAGACGUGAUGCAAUGAAGCAUCACCCAAAUGCUCCUUCACAAAUUCUUGAUGUGGCAGUUUCCUUAGCCAAAGUUGCGGAUAUAGACAGGAGUCUACAAAAUGAAGAUGCAGCCACAGAUGGUUUCAAAGAAGGGAUGAAACUGUUGGAAUCUUUGAAACUGGACUCUGAAGAUUCUGCUCUCGAGCAACGACGUCUCUCUGUGCUGGAGUUUCUGAAGAAGCAAGUAGAGAAGCCUGAACAGCCACCUGCAGAAACUGCACUCUAAUGGAGGCUAAUAUCGGUGCAGGCUUCUGUAAGUAUAUAUAUAUAUAUAUAUAUAUAUAUAUAUAUAGACUGUAUACCUAAGCACGUCGUCGUUGAAUUUUGCUGAAUAAAUGAACGAGAAAGCAAAAAUGUUGUGUUUGCACUCAAGGGUCGAAGAAACGGAGUGCUCUGUAUCUUGUGAUGGUUUCAAAUGCAGUACUUUUGCAAUACUAAGCAUUAAGAAGUAUGAUUGUAUACACUCUACGUACGAACUUAUGAAGAAGCUGUUUGUAAAUUAAGAAUAUUGUACGAGUCGUCGAUGAAUCUUAAUGGUUGUUACUUACCAA